AUCAACAACUGACAACAUGGUUGUGUGGACCGACCAAGAGCGUGCCUUCAUCAAGGAGAUUUUCAGCAAGCUUAAUUAUGAGGAUGCUGGCCUCAAAGCCUUGGGCAGGGUCUUGAUUGUGUAUCCCUGGACUCAGCGGUACUUCGGAGGUUUUGGAAACCUGUACAAUGCAGAGGCAAUCAUGUCUAAUCAAAUGGUCGCAGCCCACGGCACUGUUGUUCUCCACGGGCUUGACAAAGCUAUGAAGAACUUGGAUGAUAUCAAGAAGACCUACGCAGAGCUGAGUCUGCUGCACUCCGAGAAACUGCACGUGGAUCCUGACAACUUCAGGCUGCUGGCUGAUUGCCUGACCAUCGUGAUUGCAUCGACUAUGGGCAAAGCCUUCACACCUGAUAUGCAGGCUGCCUGGCAGAAAUUCCUCGCUGUUGUCGUCUCUGCUCUGUGCAGACAGUACCAUUAAGACAUCUAACAUAUGGAAAAACAUUCAAAUAAGUGUGUUUUUUGUCUCUAUGAAUAAAGA